GGUACACCAUUUUUUCACUGUAUGGUAGCAAGAUCCCAAAAUUAUUCUUCUGAGAUUUCUGUUAUUAUUGAUCCUGAAACAAUUCUUCUGCCCAACUUCCUCACUACUUUGCAUUGUGCUUACAAGCUUGAUCGUGACUGGUUUCUAGUUUCCAUGAUACCAAGCGUCUCAAACUUUCCUUUUCACAUGGAUGACACUGGGAACCACUGGCUAAAGGAAGAUGGCGCAAGUAUUGGGAUUGGGAAGCUACAGGAAUAUGCCAUUAAAGAACUACAGUGGAGCAACUGUGGUGAGAAGCUUGUAAUGGCUUGGAACAGGGGUGAUGUACCACUAUAUUCUGGGAUUCUUCCUCCUUUCUUACAUGGGAAAGGAUUCUACAAUUCCUGGGUUUUACAUGAAGUGUUGUCAUCAGAAUUCAGAUUAGUUAUUGAUGGAAGCUACAUUGUAUCUGCAAUUUAUCCACAAGCUGAUACUGCUAACGAUGGUUGGGAAGUGAAAGGGAAUAAUCAUCUUGCAGUAUUAUAUGGAUCACUUUAUUCUGGAGAACAAAACAAGCUAACCACAGAUCUUAAGUUUAUAAAAUGUUUAGGAAAACAUUUUCUUUUUGAUUCAGUGAAGAAAGUUGUUUUCUAUCAUGAAGGAUCCAGCAGACCUUUUUUCAGUUUCAAGGAUGGGAUGGCAUUCUUACUAACAUGGCCCUUGCACUUUGGGAUUCAGCAGAGAUUAAUACGUUGCAUUGACGAUUUGAAUUUUUUGGGAAUUGAAUGUUUUCUUAAGAAAAUAUACAAUAUUGCUUUUACAGAACCACUGACAUUGUCUAUUCCAUUCGAUUUGGAAUCACUCCUCCAGAUCACCGCAGACAAGGAUAAAACAAUUGUUCUUGCAGUAGCUGGAGACAACUAUAGGGAAAUGCUAAUGAGUUGGGUUUGCCAAUUACGACAUUUAGCUGUAUCGAAUUUUAUCGUCUGUGCUCUUGAUGCGGAGACUUAUCAGUUUGCACUCUUAAUGGGUUUGCCAGUUUUCAUGGAUCCACUUGCACCAAGCAAUAUUAGCUUCAACGACUGCCACUUUGGCACUAACUGUUUCCAGAGAGUGACAAAAGUCAAAUCCCGGAUAGUUUUGCAGAUUCUGAAAAUGGGAUACAAUGUUCUCCUAAGUGAUGUUGAUGUAUAUUGGUUCAGUAAUCCCUUGACCUAUCUCCAAUCAUUUGGUCCUGCUAUUUUGGUGACACAAUCAGAUGAAUAUAAUGAGACGGGGCCCAUAAACUUACCUCGGAGAUUGAACUCUGGCUUUUACUUUACUCGCUCUGAUCCACCAACCAUUGCUGCAAUGGAAAAGGUUGUCAAGCAUGCAUUAACUUCAACCCUAUCAGAGCAGCCUAGCUUCUAUGAUGUCUUGUGCGGGGAAGGUGGCAUCAAUCGUGUAGAUGACAACCAUUGUCUUGAACCUGGCACAAACCUGACCAUCCACUUCCUUGACAGGAAUCUAUUUCCCAAUGGGGCUUACAAAGGGCUGUGGGAGAAGAGAAAUGUGAGAUCUUACUGUAAGAAGCAGGGAUGCAUAAUCCUUCAUAACAAUUGGGUAAGUGGAAGAAAGAGAAAACUAGAACGUCAGGUGCACUCUGGUUUGUGGGAAUAUGAUUCUGCUCAGAGAAUGUGCUUGCAAAGUUGGCACCAGACCAGUUUAACUAGUCAUUCUUUCUAAAUUGCUUUUCUAUUUGUAUUAUAUCUAAU